GCAAGACAGGCGCCGCUCAGCAGCCGGAGCGUCCGUGAAGCCGGGCCGCCUGCGCGCCUUUUCCGCCCAGAAAGUUCGUCGUCGCGACAGGCCCGGCGGAGCCAGCGUGACAGGCUUCUCCCGCUUGGCAGCCGCCGCUCUCCUAGGCCGCGCGCUCGGGCGCUUCAGCAGAGCAGCCCCGACUUCCGCAUCGGGGUCCCGAAAGCGGCGGGCCGCCUCUCCUGGCGCGGCACCUGCUGGGACCCGGCCUCUCCGACGGCUCUGCGAGGGAUGAUCGGCCGCCGCCGCCGCCGCCUGCUUUGAGAAAGGUGAAAGGUGCCCGCGGCCAUCCGCGCUCCGCCGAGGACUCUCCCCGUGGGGCGAAGAAGCCGCCCUCGCCAGUGAGGCAGCCGCCCUCGCCGCCAACGGGCCAUGGAAGUCCACGUCGGGCUGGGCAGGGUCUACGGCCGGCCGCCGGCGAAAACUUUCCGCGGAGCUUUCCAGAGCCUUUUCCAGAGCGUCCGCGAGGCUUUCCAGAGUCCCGGGCCCGGCGGAGCGCGAGAGGAGAUCGGGCCCAGCGGCCCAAGCGCGGCCUCUCCGUCGGCUGGCCCGUGUCCGGCUAGCCCGCGGCAGCAGCAGCAGCAGCACCCCGGCUCCCCUUCUUACCUGCCGCUGGAUGAGGCUGCGCCAGGCAGCAAAGGGCUCCAGCCGGCCGCCGCCGCCUCCGCCUCCGCCUCCUCCUCGGCCGCCUCCUCGGCGCUGGCCUUGCUGGCCCCCUCGUUCCAGAGCUGCUCCGGGGACCUGAAAGACCUCUUGGCCGAGAGCAGCCUCCUGCCGGCGGCGGAAGGGGAGCCGCGCGGCAGCGGGGCGGCGAGCGGCGGCGAAGCCAGCGCGGCCAAGGAAGACUACUUGGGCGAGAGCGCCAAGGAGCUGUGCAAAGCCGUCUCGGCCUCCAUGGGCCUGGCGGUGGAAGUGCUCGAAGGGCCCAGCGGCGGCGGCGGCGAAGCGGGCGCCAGCCGCGGCGACUGCAUGUUCGCGCUGCCGGGCGCGCAAGCUCGGCCCGUGGCCGUGGGGGGCUGCAAGAUCGUCGAAGCCGAGCAGGAAAGCGGCGGCGGCGGCGGCGAGGGCGCGCUGGCCAUGGACGUGCCGGGCCACCUCAGCCUCUUCAAGAGCUCGCCGGAGCUGGACGAGCCGCCGGCGGGCGCCUUCCAGAGCCGCGACUAUUACAACUUCCAACUGGCGCUCGCCUCGCACGGCCGCAUCAAGCUGGAGAGCCCGCUGGAGUACGCGGCCGGCGGCCUCUGGGGCGCGCAGUACCGGCGCGCCGGAGAAAUGCCCGCCUUGCCGCCCCACUACGCCGCCCCUCCGGGCCCGGCCUGGCACCCUUUCUUCGCGGAGGACGCGCAAGUCUACGGCCCCUGCGCCUCGGCCGAGCCCGCCGCCGCCACCCCCUUCGGCUACGGCCGGGGCCAAGGGCCGCCCGGCCAGGAAGGAGCCGACCUGCCCUCCGAGGUGUGGUACCCCGGAGGCGUGAUGGGCAGGAUGCCCUUCGCUCCGGCCACCGGCUGCAUCAAGACGGAGCUCGGGCCUUGGAUGGAGGGCUACGCGGGCGCCUACGGAGACGUGAGGCUGGAAUCUGGAAGGGACCAUGUUCUGCCUAUCGACUAUUAUUUCCCACCACAGAAGACAUGCCUGAUAUGUGGGGACGAAGCUUCAGGAUGCCACUACGGAGCACUGACCUGUGGAAGCUGCAAAGUCUUUUUCAAAAGGGCAGCUGAAGGUAAACAAAAGUAUCUCUGUGCCAGCCGAAAUGACUGCACCAUUGAUAAAUUCCGAAGGAAAAACUGUCCCUCCUGUCGCCUGAGAAAAUGCUAUGAAGCAGGGAUGACCCUUGGAGCCCGCAAGUUAAAGAAAUUGGGUAACCUGAAGUUGCAAGAAGAAGGGGAGGCUGCAGGGCCAUCGAGCCCCACUGAGGAGCAAGCCACGAAAAUGCCCAUGGCACACAUUGAUGGCCUGGAAUGCCAGCCUAUCUUCCUCAAUGUCCUGGAAGCGAUCGAGCCCGGCGUGGUUUGCGCAGGGCAUGACAAUAACCAGCCCGACUCCUUUGGCUCCCUUCUCACCAGUUUGAAUGAACUUGGAGAGAGGCACCUGGUACACGUGGUGAAAUGGGCAAAAGCCUUGCCAGGGUUCCGCAACCUGCAUGUAGAUGACCAGAUGGCCAUCAUUCAGUACUCCUGGAUGGGCUUGAUGAUUUUUGCCAUGGGAUGGAGAUCCUUCACCAAUGUGAAUUCCCGGAUGCUUUAUUUUGCUCCAGAUUUGGUCUUCAAUGAGUACCGGAUGCACAAAUCCAGAAUGUACAGCCAAUGUGUCAGGAUGCGGCAUCUCUCUCAAGAAUUUGGAUGGCUUCAGAUUACUCCUCAAGAAUUUCUCUGCAUGAAGGCUCUGCUCCUCUUCAGUAUUAUUCCAGUGGAUGGCCUGAAGAAUCAGAAAUUCUUUGAUGAGCUCCGGAUGAACUACAUCAAGGAGCUUGACCGGAUCAUUGCUUGCAAAAGGAAGAACCCCACGUCUUGUUCGCGUCGCUUCUAUCAGCUCACCAAGCUCCUGGACUCUGUGCAGCCGAUUGCCAGAGAACUGCAUCAGUUUACAUUUGACCUCUUGGUGAAGUCACACAUGGUGAGCGUCGACUACCCUGAAAUGAUGGCUGAGAUCAUCUCGGUGCAGGUCCCCAAGAUCCUUUCUGGGAAAGUGAAACCCAUCUACUUCCACACCCAGUGAUGGCGAGCAGCGGACGGCCUCCUUUCCUCGGGUCCCUGGACUCCUGCACUGCAGUGCCUUGGCACGCUGUGUGUCCUCAAAGGUGCACAGUAACCACAAAGAACUCUUUGCUGGGCCCCCUUUCAGGUUUCUGUUUUCUGCUUUUCCUUGAACUGCCUUCACCUUGAGAGAUCUGCCUGGAGACUUGCCUGCUUCAGUGGCUCACUGUGUGCGUGAACUUCCUCUUUCGGUUUUGUGGCGUGGUGCCUGGCGGCACCGUUUACAUUCUUGUGCUUGUGCAUUCCCCACCGUGGCUUUGGUGGCCCUCUGCACCAAGGGAAGUGUCCAUAGCCGCUUCCUGCUGCCAUCUGUUUUCUAACCGAUGGAAGCAGGUCAUUAAAUGCUGGGGAGAAGGGAAGGCUUUCAAGCUGGAUUUGGGGGGGGGGGGGUAUUUUGGGUUUGUUUUAGCAGUUCGUGAAGCCUCUUUUUCAUCUCUCUGAGAAAAGGUCUGAAGGGUCCCUGGAAAUAACGAGCGAUGUAAACUCCAGAGCAGACAAAGGGAACGUAGUUGAUACACACGAUCUGUGCGCCUGCUAGACUUUGGUUUCAGACGGGGCUUUAUUUCCACAUACAGUCAGGCUCAAGACAACUAUGCACACAGAAUAACAGGGUUGGAAGGGAGCGUGGAGGUCUUCUAGUCCAACCCCCUGCUUGAGCAGGAGACCACCGACAGCCAUUGGGUUCCCAGCACUCAGACCUUCAGCUUGGUUUUCUCUCUGGGACAGAGCCGAGGAGCCGGGAGUCGCCUGUGGCAGUGGCUGUGGCAGAAGACCACUCUGGAGACCCUCGCAGCCGCAGCUCCCUAACACAUGCAGUGGUUCUUACGAGGAAUAAGAAGGGCUGGAAGUUUUCCCAACACCCAGAGAUGAUGGGGCUUUUUUGUAGCUAGUACUACUUCAUCUUUCUUCUUCUGUGGACCAUGAGCCAGAAGUAAAAACAUUUGCCCAGUGAAUGUGAACACAUUCCAGUUGUGAGUUUUUUUACCUUUUCAUGAACACUCACUCACCCUCCCUCCCUCCCUCCCUUUAAUUCUCAGUUGUAUUCUUUCCCCCUUCCCGCAACUUCCUGCGCUCUCCCGCUCUCUGUUAGCCUCAUCUGAGCUCUGCCUCUCGUUGCAUGCCAUUCAUUUCACUUCCUUGGGUCACUUGCUUUUUGAUGUAUGGCAGGGAACAGUCUCAGAAAUCAUACAACUCGGUGAUCCUUCCUGGGAACAUCCGUCAGCAUCGUCCUAGCCCAGCCCAGGAGAAUUUCUUCCAAACUUCACUUGGGUUCAUGAUGUGUUAAACUGCAAGAAAAUGACGAAGGAGCCCCUUUUCCUUUCUGAAAUUUCUGUUGAACAAUAGGAGAAACUGCCUUAUCAAAGGAGAUAAGGAAACCAUCCUCCCAAAAUUAUACCUCUUUUUUAUGGGAAACAAAGUCCCUUUUUUCUAACCUAGCUGCACCGUGGUAUCACUUACCAGGAAAUCCCAUGAGCUGGUAGCCAAAGAUUCAGAGAAGCCAUAUGGGUGAAUUAGGGUUUUUUUGUUUUAUUUUGCUUUUCAGGAAAAAAAUACACCUGGGAAAAGAAAAUUCAAGACAUGCCCUUGGAUAUCAUCAGUGAGUGUAUGAAAAGCCCAUGGUUGCAAUGAGAACGUUAUCUUGAUUGGUUUUCCUGUUAGGUACCACUUUUUAGCACAAGGUGACAUCUACUGAGAAUAACAAAGAUGAAAUUCGGCUCAAACAUUUGGAGAACCUCCUGAGGCCCGGCUUGAUUUUUCAUCUGCUGUGAUUUCAAGAUGUCUUGCUCGGAGUUUAAAACUUGCCCACCUUGGGUCACUUUGACCUGAUGCUUAAGAUCAUUAAUUACCUGGCUGCUGUUGUGUCUUUGAUGGAUCCUGCACAGUCCAAGCUUCAGCCAAAGGAAAAACAAGGUUACAUUUCUAGCAACGCAGUUAAAACGACCAGCAUUCCGUUUCAUCUCUGCAGAAACAAGAACAAUAAAAUAGCAAUCCAUUGAAUUAGCUUUUGCUUUUGAGUGAUGCUGUGCCUUGCAUUCCUAAAAUAAAUCUAUUUUAGCUGCUUUUUAAUUUUCGGAUCGUUAACAACAAUAAUUAGAUGGAACCAUUGAAAUAUGUUCCUGUUUUCUGUACUGAGGUUCCCUCUCCUCUCGUUCUUAGAGCAACAGUGACAAUGCUGCGGAUAUUUGGGCUUUCCUGAACCUUCUUCAUGCUGUCUCAAGAGAUUUUUUUGAAAAAAAACAAUGAAGUUCUUUUUUAAGACAAGAAUCUACAUUUUGGGUGCUUGGUUUGAAAACCUCCUCCUCCCACAUACAUCAAACUAGAUGAAUUGCACUCUUAACCAUCCUUCCCUGUAGACUCAAUAUAAUUUCAUUAUUCAUUUUAGAAAUAUUGCCUCAGACGCCCCUAUAAAUGAGUGAAGAUAAGGCCAUCAAAAGUUGGGCAGAAACGCUGAAAGCCCUUCUGUAGUUGACGAGCCCAAAUGGCUCAGAUCAGUGUGUUGAUUCAACUUCCCUCCACUGCAUCGUACUUGUGAUGUGCCUUCCACAGAGCUGGCGGUGGGGAACUGUGUCCGUGGCAUUCCAGUGUGCAUGCAUGCUGUACUUGGUUUCAGGGUAUUUUCCUCCCAUACUCAAAUCUUCUGAAAAUCUUGAAAUUCAAGGGCAACAUGCAUCCUUCAUGCUAAGCUGUUGCAAAAGGGCAGAGUUCCUCCUCUGAUAUCUUCAAGAUCCGCGCGCAACCAAAGUGCCACCGCUGGCAGGCCUCUGCAAUCUAGCAUGGCUGCUUCGUGUUUUUGAUACCACAGUGAACCUGCUAGAUCUUCAAGUACUCCAGGAUGACUCAUUUACGGUUGCAGUAACCUGUCAUCCAGCAGCUUGAUUUCUCCUCCGCCUCUUCAGCAUCAAGAUAAUCUUCUGAUGUGCAUCAGGUCCAGGAGAAGCUUCAUCUUCUGACCAUUUCUGGAAGAUCCUUUCAAAUCCUUUUUAAUGAAUGUCAUGUAAAUAUUGGAGAAUGGAUUAGUGGUGGCCGGGAGUUAAAUAUUUACUUUCUUCAGUUUAUUUACGGUGGGCUACUGCUGCAGCAGUAUAAGGGAAUUGGCGGUGGGGGAAGCUUAUGAAUUAUGAAAAGCAUUUACAAAAUCAUAGUCAUCAGUCCAUAUUUUUAGUACUGUGCAUUUUAUGCAUCAAAAUUAUUAGGCAUUUUAAAAAGUGUACUUAGGCGUGAGUACAUUCUAUUCUGCCAUAUGAAAAUUGCCUUUUGUGAUAUGAGAAGUUAUUUGCCAGACCCCAAUCACUCUGAAAACGCACAGGGUUGUAAAAGGACUGACAAAUGUGGGGGUGGGGGGGUGGAUGAAUGACGGUCUCUCUGCUGCUGCUGCCGCCUCCUGCUCCUUCGCCCCAGAUGGGGUCUCCCCCCCGGGACACACUUGGUCUUGUUCCUUUGGCAGCUGGGAAGAAGGAAGAAGGCUGAGAAUUGAAGGAAAGGGGCAUUCCCAUGGCACAAAGAAGGGACUUGUGCAUUUGACAACAUCACAAUUCUGAUGACAAUGGCUGUGCAUCACAGAUUUGGGGUUUCUUGUAUUUUAUUUUUGAUGUGGGAUUAUGUGUUUAAGAAUCUUAGAUUUUCUAUAGUUAAAGAUGCCUAAAUCUAUGCUUUCCCCUUUUCUUUGGGAAAACGUUUUUUCCAAUCUUGUCCCUUAAUUUUACUGGAACUCUGAGUUCUCUUUUGUCUGAAGCACUUUGUAAAAGCUUAAGCUGCUUCUGUGUUCACUUGUUGCAAUUUUGACCGAAAGAAUGUCUUUGUAGUGUUAGUACCAAAGAAUGUUAUUUAAAGUGGGAAAAACAGAUUUCUGACUCAGUUGGACAUGUCACCUUCUUGCUCUGGAGCACACGGAGCCUCCUCUGCACCCUGGCCAGCAUUUUCUGCCCUGCCGCUGCGGGGAUGGAGGGCCUGUGGGGUUAGCCAAGGCAGAAAAGCCUUGGAAAUCUGAUGGUACGAAUGGAUUUCCUGGCCUGCUGAGCAGAGGGGAGAGGGAGGGUCUCUGUUGUGGGGAAUAGCCCGUUGGUUGCAUUAUUUGCACUGGGGGGAGCCUGGCCCGGAUUCUGUUCCCCUUUGAUCGCACUAAAGGUUUUCGAUGCUCACAGCUCCUCGGAGAGUGGAGGAGAACUCUUUUGCCUCAGAGUGGUUUUACAGCACAGCCUCAACCUGAGCUGCGGCUGAGGACGGGAAGGCUGAAGGCGAUGGGGGUCUUCUGUUUCCCUUACCUGCGGCUGUGAGGAUGCUGCAACCACCGGGGGAGGGAGGGAGGAGGGUCAGGCUGCGGCCAGAGGAGGACCUGGGCUUUGUCUCUCUUGCUGGAAAGGAGCCCUUGGCCAGAGAAGGACAUUCAGAGGUCAGGGCAGAGUCAAGUGCGCGUCCUUCUGUGUGAGACGCCUUUCAUUCUUAGCAGAAGUUGACGGUUUCCGCAUUGAAUGUGUAGAAAGCAGAGGGGCUCAAGGCACCAGGCCCUUCUCCUUGCUUGGAGAGCCUGGGGGGGAGGGGGGAGCGGAUAGCAUAGCUGGAGCCAGAAAUAAUUCUGUAAAAAUUGUGGCACUUUUUUAAAAAGUUACAUUUGUUAAUCUGCUUGUGUAUUUUUUAAUUAAAUCUUUGCAUACAUAGAUUAUUGUUAGAUGAGACCACCCAAAUGGCUGUGCACUAGAGUUGUGAGGGGGCAGGAGCUAGGUGGACUUGUACAGGUUUCUAUGGUCUUAAUGCAGUCAAAUAAGCUUGUGAUGCUAUAACAUAUCAAUACCAGCCAAACAGCUGGAAUAUUGUCCUCAGAACAGCUGCCCACUCAGCAGUGGUGGAUUAAGGCUCACUGGUGCCCUAAGCACUGACAAAUCUUGGUGGCCCCCUCCUUUCAAUGAAGAACCAAUCUUCAUGGGGGGGGUUGUUUCUCAACUUUGUGGUGCCCCUUUGGGCCUGGUGCCCUAAGCACAUGCUUAGUCUGCUUAAUGGUUAAUACACCACUGCCACCCAGCUCUCCCGGGCGCAGAACUGCCUGUCAGAUGCAUCAGACAGCAGUAGAUAAAGAAUGAUUUCAUUAGGCUAAGAAUUCAUUGAAAGAAUAUGAAAUGGAUGGAUGGAUUCUUUGUUAUGGUCGAUGAUCAUAAAUUCAUUGCAUACAUAAAACUAAUGAUGAUUGAUUGAUUGAUUGAUUGAUUGAUUGAUUGAUUGAUUGAUUGAUUGGGUGGAUGGAUGGAUGGGCGAGCAGAUCAGUCCAAUUGCUGGGCAUUUUGUAUAUUACAUGACAAAAUGUGGCCAUACUUAAAGAGAAUAAUGGCAUUAUAUCCAGGAAGUGGUCUUUAAUUAAGGGUGCCAAAGCGGAUGGAAGCAGCCAUUUAUUUACCAGCCAUUUAUUUACUGACACUGAUAGAAGAACUUGUAAUUGACUUUAUUAGUGUCAGAAUUAGACACAAAAGUGUAAUUCAGUGUCAGACACUUCUAUGGAGAUGCUGGGCACAACCACAGAAGCAGCUGCAGCCACAGGUCCUGGGAUGACUGACAUGAGGCCGGGGCAAACAAUCCGCUCCAGGCUCAGAGGCUAAAACCUGAGAGUUGGUGUACACCCAGCCUCAAGAGACAGGAGAGAACUGGGAACUGAUAAAGAGAGGAUGUUACAAGACAAAACAUGAGCCUUUUGUUUCUGACUUCAUUAGUACGUGGUGUGUUUAAUAGAAGGUAACAGUUGUCGUUGGACAGAGGGCAAAUUUAAUGCUGUAAACCAGUUCUGAUCUUUGUAACCUUGCAUUCUAUUGUUCCUCCAAAUACAGUUUUAAAAAACAAA